CGAGUUUCUCGAGAUUAAAGCUUAAUGAAUUUGGCAGCAUUCUUUUUUGAGGAAAAUCUAAUUCCGAAACAUUUUAAGCAUGCGGGAACAAGAGUGAAGGUAAUCAAAUGGCAGAAACCGUUAGCUCAAGGGCGGACCAUAGUAGAGAUCCAGGGACAGUGGCCUCUCCAGCAAUUUUUUUUAGUAUAUAUAUAUAUAUAUAAAUAAUUUUCACCCUUUCAAAAAAUAUAUUUUUUAAGUUAACACCCUCCCAAGAUAAACUUCUCGGGUCCGCCCCUGCUUGAGCUUAAAACUGAAUAUGAGAGAUCGAAGAGGCGAGAUGUUGUUUGCUCUGUCUUUCUCGUUGCAAGCUUCAUCAAGCGUGGAGGCUGAGCUCCUGGCAGUGGUGAUAGCUACGAUUUGGUCGAUGAAUGCUUUCAAGUGGAGUGGAAAUGGACUCCUCGAUUGCUUGAGCUACAUUAAAGAUGGUGGUUUUGGUAGAUGGUCUAAUGCGAUUAAGGAAAUGACACUCCUCUCAAAUAGGAAAGGGGUUUUGUUCAGACAGGUGUGGCGAGAGAGUAAUUGGACAGCCCGCUACUUAGCAGCUCAUAAACCGGCCCAUCUUACACCUUUCUUUGAUAUGUAUCAACUACGUGGGCCGGUCCGCAAGGCAUAUUACAUGGAUCUUUUUGGAAUCCCUUCUGUUAGUUUUUCUGUUUUUAUUGGUUACUAUCUUUGUAUUAUAUAAGUUGGGUGAGGUCUAGCCCCCCCAAUUUUUAUAUACUUUUCUAUUUCUCUUAUCUGUUGUUUUUCAAGAAGGUACACCUUCUUUAGAGAUGUCUUGACAUAGUCUCUCUUUUUGUACUUUCUUUCCAUUUUUAAUAAAAUUCCGC